AUGAUCAAACAACAGCUUGCAGAAAUGAAUACAAAAUUCGAUAAAAAGACAACCGAUAUAAACAGAAUAAUCGAUCAACACACAGUCGAAGUGAAACAGCUACACAAGAUCCUGAAGAUCCUGACCAUAUCACCAGCUUAUUCAACUACGUACAAUUACAUUAGCGAUCGCAAGUCUAUCCUUUCUACGGAUCAUUUCAGUUGCGGCGCUCGUAAUAUCAGCGACGCACGUGUUAACUGCGUUGCACAUGUUAACGUGAAGAAAGAGGAAGCCAGUUUUCAUAACGAUAAAGAUGAUGACAAAGACAAAAAUGAAUGUUUUGAAAACAUUGAAAAAGUUGGCUACGACAAAGAAUCUUUUGGUAUGCAAUGGGACUACUACUCAGAUUUUGCUGCCAGCAACUCGCCUACUUACCUUACUAACAGCGACAACGGUUAUUCAAAUAGUAACGAUGUCCUUGAUGGUGAUGUUAAUGCGAAUAAUCAUACCGAACCCGAAUUGGUAACAGAAUAUGACCCAAGUUUUGACAUAAUGCCUCCAACAUGCACCUGGAAAAAAAGCUUGGUUCUCGUCUACCUGGAUGAUGACAUAAACGACGACUUCAUUGCUGAUGAGGAUGAGUCUUUCAUCGCUGCAUCACUAAUCGACAGGAAAGAUGUUAAUGACGAAUUUUACGACAUGCAUCAAAGAUACCCGUCUGAUCAUUCUACACCUCGUGAACUCAAUAGAAAAAACCACUUGCUUCAAGUGUCAACAAAAUAA